AUAAGUGUGGAGCAGAGUAUAGCAACAACAUUCCAGCUUAGGACAUUUGCUGAUGUCUUUGUUAACAUUGUCAAUGUUGUUGAGGUUGCCCUUGACUCCGUGGAGCUUACUUUCAAAGACUUGUACAUGGGCAGAUCUGAGAUGUGGAGGCUGAAAAACCAUUUAGUAAAUACUUGUGUGUAUCUCAACAAAAAGAUUGAAUACUGCGGAAGUGUAAUCAGAUGUCAAGUCUAUGAGAUGUGGUCUCAAGGAGACAGAGUGGCCUGCGGAGUCAUAACCGAAGAUACAAAAAUAGUUUUCAGAUCCUCAACUUCUAUGGUAUACUUAUUCAUACAAAUGUCUUCGGAAAUGUGGGACUUUGACAUCCAUGGUGAUUUAUACUUUGAAAAAGCAGUGAAUGGUUUCCUUGCUGAUCUUUUUGCAAAGUGGAAGAAAAAUGGCAGCAACCAUGAAGUGACAAUAGUGCUCUUUUCAAGAACCUUCUACAAAGCAAAAUCCUUGGAAGAAUUCCCUCAACACAUGAAAGAGUGCCUUCAGAAAGACUACAGGGGCAGGUUCUAUGAAGAUUUUUACAGGGUGGCAGUUCAAAAUGAAAGAUAUGAAGACUGGUCAAGUGUCCUACUGCAACUGCGGAGGCUAUUCACAGACUACCAAAAGAUUGUUUUACAAUAUCACGAGCGUCCAAACAUCGAAAUACCGACUGCCAUUAAUUCUACAGCUGCACAAGGCAACUUCUUGGAAGUACUCAAUAUGAGUUUGAAUGUUUUUGAGAAACACUACCUAGACCGAUGCUUCGAUAGAACAGGACAGCUUUCCGUUGUAAUAACGCCAGGUGUUGGCGUAUUUGAAGUGGACAGGGAACUAACAAAUGUAACGAAACAGAGAAUCAUAGAUAACGGUGUCGGCAGCGACUUAGUAUGUGUUGGUGAACAACCCUUACAUGCUGUACCACUUCUGAAAUUUCACAAUAAGGAUAACAAUUUAAACUCUAUAGACGACUACUCUAUGCCUCAUUGGAUAAAUUUGUCUUUUUAUUCAACCAACAAGAAAGUAGCAUAUUCGAAUUUCAUACCGAGAAUAAAGCUGCCACCGCGCAAGAGUACUGAGCCAUUGAAGAAAAUGUACGAAGACGAAAAAUCGGGAAAACUACUAAAGGAAGACGAGUACAUGCACAAUUCCAUCUUUGAUUAUGACGCUUAUGAUGGUCAGGUUUUUCAACUGCCGCCGGCUCAUAGUACUUGUGUGCAAAGAGUGCCUCGCACAAAGAAGACUUCUGUAGCUGGUUUGGAAGGGAUUAACAGGAGGAGUCCACCAGUUACUGCUCUGCACUAUAGGAAGAUGUCUGACCCUGAUAUACAUCACAGUUUGGGAGAUAUCCUAACCAGUGGAAAUAAACCAGGCUACGAAUCGAGUAGCGACGCACCCGAUUCCCCAAUCUCCAGCAGUCGACUAUCACCAAGGAGUUCAAUGUCGGCGAACAAGCCCGUAAUACGCACUGGACGCGCUUUAAUCAACCCAUUCGACCCAUCACACGUCACUGUCAAGCUUACGAGUAAUCGACGGCGGUGGACGCAUAUAUUUCCUAAAGGCCCGACGGGUGUAUUGAUUCAGCAGCAUCACUACCAAGCCAGACCUGCAGGCGAGGUCGCGUCGACGAAUGAAGUUAAUAACUUGAAUAAAGAAAAUGGAUCCCCCAGCAUUAUGAACAAUCAUUCCAUAUAUCAGGUUGAUGGUAACAUCCCGAGUCGCAAGCGCAUGAUCAGCGCAUCCGGGGCUCUAAGCAUCCUCGGAGCCACAUUAGGACCUACCCCGAUAAACAAUGCCAACAAUCUGGCCUUGUUGUGGGGCGCUACGGGAGAGCAGGAGUGGACACCUGCCUUAACUACAGAUGUUUCAUGGUGUCGUCGAAUUCUCUCCAAACCACGUUGGAACGAAGCGAACCGAGCAAUAGGUGUGGACUGGAAGUCGUUGACGAUCCCCGCCUGUCUUCCCAUUACAACCGAUUACUUCCCGGACAAACGAUCUCUUCAGAACGAUUAUUUAGUUUCUGAUUACAACUUACUACCGGACGAUGUGAACGCGGACUUUGCACAGAAUAGAGCUAUCUAUAAAAAGCCGCUCACUACUAUGGAAGUGUUUAAAGAGUUAGUCUCGCAGAGACUUGCACAGGGUUUCCAAUUAAUAGUGGGCGUCAACGAGAAUGACGUCAUAGAAGCGCAUUGUCCGUCAACUCCUGCACCACCGCCGUCAAAAGUAGCGCCUCAGAGCAGCAAGCCAGCUAACGGUGCACCUACCAAACGAUACUUGCUUUCCAUAGGCAGAAUCUUCCAUAAGUUAACACUUGUGGGAUCUACCAUCACUGUCACCAGAUACAGGCCCAGACAUCCGUACCCUCCAUUCAACAUUCACUACCGUUACCGGUUCCACGCGCCGAACCACGACACAUACGAAGUGUCUUGGGUCUCUUUUACUACGGAGAAAUUAGAGAACUAUAACUGGAACUACAUGGACCAUUAUAUUUGCACACGGGGUGACACGGACUUCGCCCUUGUUGAGGCUUUGAAAUACUGGCGCUUUCGCACUCUCCUCUUGCCAUUGAAUAAUCCUGCAACGAAGAGAAUUCUAGAAGAUGAAACUACUCACUGCGACGUCUACCCUACACCGACACGACACGAUCUAGAUCAACUUACAGAUGGUUUCCUUAAAAUGACUGAAUUGUAUUUUAACAAGGUUAAACGACCUCCUAAUAAGAGGAUGGCGGUGGGGCCGACCGGCGCGGCGGAGUCUGUGCUCGCACGACGUCACUCCACUUCAAUCGUCACUAGGAAUCAGGGUGGUCCGUCGAGCUCCCCGUUCAGAGAACGAGUGGGCAGUACCCGCCUGCCGGACCGUCCUCGGGUCCGGAUCGAAGCUAUGUCCGCUACAAAAGCUGUUCUGGAAAGGACGCAAUCGCAAACAGGAGAGUUGGACGACACCUACGAUGAUGGGGUCCUUGAACCAAAGCUAAAAGCAAACGUGUCUCUCGCUGAAAUCAUCGAGCGAAUGCGCCACCCGACUCUGGGCGUGGGAUUCUUACAACAGACCGUCAGCCUACCCUCACAUACCUUCGUUUCCAUCUACGCUAUUCACUGGCUUCAGACCAACAUGGAGAAUAUGACUUGUGACAAAGCUGUCAAUAUUAUGGAGAAACUGUUGCAAGAUAAAAUGAUAUGCCACGCGUCAGGCGAUACGUCAAAGCGAUUUGUCGUCGGAUACUACAUGUAUCACAUUCUUCCACAGAAGAAUAGUAAAGAAUUAACAGACUACGUGAAACCUCUGGGUGACUUGCAAAGCUUCGAGAACGAAUGGAUGGAAGUCGAAGUCCUCGGUCCGCGGUCUCCACUUGUCUCUGCAGAAAUCAAAGCUAGAGCUAUCGACAUAUCUGGCUCGAGUCCUGUGACCGACGAUACUGGAGUUCCUGCAUUCCUCUGCGAUAAUAUCGACCCUAAUUAUAUGGAACUGGGAAGCGAUAGUGAUUUGCCACUAUACAAGAACACCCAUCUGGACAUCGACGUUAGCAAUAAAAGCGACCGUAUCGAGUGGGGUCACGCGCGAUACCAGGCAACAUUUCGACCGGACCAAGCCUAUGAGAUGUGCAUACAAUGGGCGGUCGCCAGUGGAAACAUUGUUGCUGAACUUAUAUGUGGAUGGGCGCGCAAGGCCCAGAGCUGUCGCCUACAAAUGGUGCCGAUUCCUGCCGAUCCCUUAGCACUACCUUUUACUCUCAAGUCCGAUCCAUUGAGGGGGCCUAUUUACGUGCCUUUGAAUGAGGAACCUCUGCUGAGAUCCAAGAGCGCUUUAUUUGAAGGUACAUCGUCAGUCAUUAAUUAGGUGUAUAGGAUUCGC